AUGGCGGCCGCACGACUUCCCGCGGGAGGGCCCGCGGCAGCGACGGAGGCGAGCGGGAGCGGGAGCGGGCGUGCGGCCGGGCUCCGCAGCCCCGCGCCGCGCCCCGCGAGCCCGGAGCUCGCGCCCCGCGCACUCCCCGGCCGGCUCGCGCCGGGCCCUCCCCCGCCCUCCCGCGGCCGGGGGCGGGGGCGGCGCGCGGCCGGCUCCCGAGCUCCGCGGGCGCACCCGGGAGUGCGAGCGCGGGGGUCCCGGCCGCCUCCUCGGCAAGCAGCUAGGGGCGGCGCGGCGGGACCCGCGGCUCGGAGGGGCGGCGCCCGGCGGGCCGCGCUCUGCGCCGAGCUCGGGGCCGUCCCCACCCCCACCCCCACCGCGGUGCACUGCGGCGGUGCGAGCGGGAGCGGCCAUGAACUCCGCCGCCGAGGCUCGGCGAGCGCGCGCGCGGGGCCGUCGCCGCCGCCCGGCCCGCUGCCGGAGCCCGCUCGCCGGCCUGCGCGGCCCCUAGGGCGCCAGGUCCCCACGCCCGGCCCGGUCCCGGCCCCAGCCCGGCCCCGUUCGCACCGCACCGCUAGCGGCUGCCCGCACAUCCUGGAACUGGCUGGUUCCCCAGAGCUCGGCGAGAACGCGCGUCUUCCGGGCCGCUCCUCCGCGCCGGCGGCCGGCCGCCCCCGCGCCCCCGCGCCCGCCUCGCGGAUAGCCCGGGCCCCUUCCGCACCCCCGGCCCGCGCUUACCUGCAGCCUGGCACAGCCACAGACACUCGCCGUGGGCUCCCCGCGCUCACUGCAAGCAGGCCGGGGACGGGUUGGACGCGGGGCGCGGGGGCACGUCUACGGGGCCGCCCCUGGAGGGCCCUGGCCUGCGCAGGCGCGCGCACGCGCGCGGCUUGGAGCGCGCGGAGCCCGCGCGCGGGAGAAGAGGUGGGCGGGGCAGGGGCGGGGCCUCGUGAGCAGAGAAGCGUAAGCACGAGCGCCGCUCGCGGGCACCCGCCCAGUCUGGUGUUCCCGCCUCCCGCUCAGACUCCCGGGCUCCCGCCCGCGCCCGCCGCCGGCGCAGCGCCGGGGACGCGGGAGCGCGGCGCUCCCGUGCGUGUGCAUGUUCGUGGGGCAGUGCCGCCCUCGGGCGCGCGCAAGGCGGGCUCUGCGGCUGCGGGGCUCGACCAAGCUAAUGGGGUGGAGGUUCCAGGUACCCUCGCCCUUCGCCCACACCAGGCAGACCCUGGGACACGCACAGCGGGCGUUGGGUCUUGGCUGGUGUUUCUGCUGCAUUAUAUAUUAUUGGGAGAAUGGUAG